UUUUCUGCAAACAACUAUGCCAUUUCCCUCGCCCUAACCGCUCUCUCUCUCUCAUCUCUUUCUCUCACUAUCAUUUCAGUAUACCUAGAUCAUGGCUUCUCCUGUCAACACGCCUGACGAUGCGUGGCCGAAUAGCCCAGUCAGUAACACAGUAUCAUCUCCCGGUGGCCGCUCGCGCCGGAAACGCGGUCGUGAUUCCAGCUAUGCUACGCCUUCGCCGCUGCCAUCAGGCUCACGUGCCAGAACACCCGUGGCAACUCCAACGCCGGCUAGUAAUGCUAGACGCCGUGGCAGAGGUAGGCGACCGUCGGCCACCCCGACUGCUUCUGCCACGCCAAGCUGGAGUGAUGAUGUGCCGCCGUCUUCAGAUGUUGGUGAGGGGAAUGAGGACGAGGCUCCGGCAGUGUACGUUUGGGGCACGAAUAUCAGUGUGCAAGAUGUUAAUGCGGCAAUUUUGAGGUUCUUGAGGCAUUUUAGGGAAGAUCCUCAGCAAAUUGAGGGGAAAUAUAUGAGAAUGAUUAAUCAUGUGAUUGAAAUGGAGGGUGAUUCGCUUGAUGUCGAUGCACACGAUGUGUAUGAUUAUGAUAGUGACCUGUAUACGAAGAUGGUUAGGUAUCCUCUUGAGGUGUUAGCUAUAUUUGAUAUGGUAUUGAUGGACAUGGUGGGGAGGAUCAAUCCUUUAUUUGAGAAGCACAUACAAGCCAGGAUAUUUAAUCUUAAGAGUUCAAUUUCAAUGAGAAAUCUGAACCCCUCUGAUGUUGAAAAGAUGAUUUCUUUGAAAGGGAUGAUCAUUCGUUGUAGCUCUGUUAUACCUGAGAUUAGAGAAGCCAUAUUUAGAUGCCUGGUCUGUGGUUAUUACUCUGACCCAAUUGUUGUUGAAAGAGGAAGAAUCAAUGAGCCGACAGUGUGUGCAAAGCAAGAAUGUCUCUCCAGGAACUCCAUGACCCUCGUUCAUAAUAGGUGCAGAUUUGCUGAUAAGCAAGUAGUGAGAGUCCAAGAGACUCCAGAUGACAUCCCGGAUGGAGGAACGCCACACACUGUAACAUUGUUAAUGCAUGACAAGUUGGUUGAUGCUGGCAAGCCCGGUGACAGGGUAGAGGUUACCGGAAUAUACAGGGCUAUGAGUGUUAGAGUUGGUCAGACACAGAGGACAGUGAAGUCAAUUUUCAAGACUUACAUUGAUUGUCUUCAUCUAAAGACGACGGAUAAGUCAAGAAUGGAUGUACAGGAUCCAAUGGAAACUGAAAAUGAAGCAAGCACUGGGGACGAUGAUUCAACUCAGAAAUCUGAAAUCAAUGUGGAGCAAUUAAAAGAACUAUCGAAACAGCCUGAUAUAUAUGAAAAAUUGACUAGGUCUUUGGCGCCAAACAUAUGGGAGUUGGAUGACGUAAAGAGAGGCCUUCUUUGCCAGCUUUUUGGAGGGAAUGCAUUGAAGUUGCCAUCUGGUGCUAGCUUCAGAGGUGAUAUAAAUAUUCUCCUUGUUGGAGAUCCUGGAACCAGUAAAUCGCAGCUUCUCCAGUACAUUCAUAAGCUCUCUCCUCGUGGUAUUUACACUAGUGGGAGAGGAAGCUCUGCUGUGGGGCUAACUGCUUAUGUGGCCAAGGAUCCUGAGACUGGUGAAACCGUCCUAGAGAGUGGAGCCUUGGUUUUGAGUGAUAGAGGCAUAUGUUGCAUCGAUGAAUUCGACAAAAUGUCUGACAAUGUAAGGAGCAUGUUACACGAGGUGAUGGAGCAGCAAACUGUUUCAAUUGCGAAGGCUGGAAUAAUUGCUUCCCUAAAUGCAAGAACUUCAGUGCUGGCUUGUGCCAACCCAAUUGGUUCACGCUAUAACCCUCGCUUGUCAGUGAUUGAAAAUAUCCACCUUCCUCCUACUUUAUUGUCUAGGUUUGAUUUGAUCUAUUUGAUUCUUGACAAGGCUGAUGAGGAGACAGAUAGGCGUCUGGCGAAGCACAUUGUGGCAUUACACUUCGAAAAUCCUAAUAGUUCCCAGCAUGAUGUCAUUGACUUGCCAACUUUGACUGCUUAUGUAAACUAUGCACGAAAACAUAUACACCCACAAUUAUCAGAUGAAGCUGCAGAGGAGUUGACAAGAGGGUAUGUUGAGAUGAGAAAAAGAGGAAAUUUCCCAGGAAGCAGCAAAAAGGUCAUAACUGCAACCCCAAGGCAAAUUGAAAGUUUGAUACGCCUCAGUGAGGGCUUGGCCCGGAUUCGUUUGUCAGAAUUGGUUGAGAAGUCGGAUGUAAUCGAGGCUUUUAGGCUUCUCGAAGUGGCAAUGCAACAGUCUGCAACAGACCAUUCGACCGGAACCAUUGAUAUGGACCUGAUAACGACUGGAGUAUCCGCAAGUGAAAGAAUGAGGCGGGAGAAUCUGGUGUCGUCCACGCGCAGCCUCAUUCUGGACAAGUUGACAAUCGGAGGGUCGUCUGCUCGCUUGAUGGAGUUACUGGAAGAGUUGAAGAAGCAGAAUCAGAGUGGUGCUGAGGUGCACCUUAGUGAUCUUCGAACUGCAUUGUCGACUCUUUCAGCUGAAGGCUUGCUCGUUGUUCAAGGUGACUCUGUUAAGAGAAUUUAGAAUGUUGGUAUGUAAGUACAGAGUUUGAGGAGUUCGGUUUGUAAUCAUUUGUUUCUGAAUGUUAGUAUAAAAAAAUAUCCUUAGUAGGCAUCAAAAGUAAGGGCUGCCUCCAAAA